UUUAUAAGAUAUCCAUAUUUGAAAUUUUGUAAUUUCAACUGUAGAAGAAAAAUGGAGGGAAAGCGUUCGGGCUCACAGCGGCACUGCGAUCUGCUACGGAAAAUCAGAGAGUUCACUCGAGCUAUAGUUGAGGAGCUGAGCAACGGACGGUCACCGACUAUUCUGAUCGAUCGAUUCAGAAAUUACUGCAAGAAUCCAAACGCAAACUGCUGCUGCAGCUAUGAUUUGUCAUAUGGGAAAGAAAUUCUCACAUUCCGAAGGGAAAGCCAUGUACAUAGGCUGGAUAUCCUGCUGAGAGUGUUGUUGAUUGUUCAGCAACUUCUGCAAGAAAGCAGGCAUGGGUCUAAGAGAGAUAUAUAUUACAUGCAUCCAUGUAUAUUUUCAGAACAGUCGGUUGUAGACCAGGCAAUCAACGACAUAUGCAUCCUUAUGCAAUGCAGUCGCCACAAUCUAAAUGUGGUUUCUGCUGGGAAUGGGUUGGUGAUGGGAUGGAUUAGAUUCUUAGAAGGAGGAAGGAAAUUUGAUUGCAUAAAUUGUCCUAACAUGGCCCACCCCGUUCCUGUUCACGUCGAAGAAGUCAAAGAUAUUUUUAGUGUUGCUAUGUUCAUUCUAAUUGUGGAGAAGGAAUCGGUAUUCCAGCGAUUAGCAAAUGACCAGUUUUGCAAUGCAAACCGUUGCAUUGUCAUCACAGGAAGAGGCUAUCCAGAUAUCCCCACACGAAGGUUUCUGCGGCUUCUCAUCGAAAAGUUGCGUCUUCCUGCUUAUUGUUUGGUGGAUUGUGAUCCAUACGGCUUCGACAUUCUGACAACAUAUCGGUUUGGUUCACUGCAAAUGGCCUAUGAUGCAAAAUAUCUACGUUGCCCAGAGGUACGCUGGCUUGGAGCUUUUCCUUCAGAUUCUGAAAAAUACCGUCUUCCACAGCAGUGCCUCCUUCCUCUUACAGGAAAAGACAAGAGGAAAACUGAAUCCAUGUUAAAUAGAUGCUACUUGCAAAGAGACGUCCCAAAAUGGAGGUCGGAGCUAGAGUUAAUGCUGCAAAGAGGGGUCAAAUUCGAGAUUGAAGCACUGUCCGUGUACUCACUAUCCUUUUUGACAAAAGAGUACAUUCCAUCUAAAAUUAAAGGUGGAGUGCACAUUUAACUCAUGUUGUGCAUUUUGGGCAUCUGCUUACCAUCUUGGAGCACAAUCAUACAAGUUCUGCAAUAUCUGAAACAUUAUCAGUUCAGACAAAGUUGCAAA